ACAUGUUGGCAGCACUGAAACUACAUUUGCUUAUCAGCUGCGCCGUCUCGGUCUUAGCUAUUUUACAUCGUAAUUUCAGCUAUUUUUCAGAUGCUUUCCAGCCAGAAACAGAUAAUUUUACCUCUAAGAGGUAGGCAGCACUGGCACAAAUAUUUAUGUAUAUUUUUUAAUAACUCAAUUUCUACUUGCGGUGUUAGUAAAAUAAAUAAUAUAAUGGAUUUUACGGAUGAUUUGACUGCUAUUGAUAUUGUUACAUUUAUUACGGACGAAUUACAACAGAGUUAUCGCAAUUGUGAUGCUAAAGAUAAAACGAAAAUUUUUGAAGAAUUUCUUGAGCGUUGGGAUGCAAACGACAAUUCCAUUGAAAAAGUGAAAUCUAUGAAAUUUGAAUUCGAAUUGGAUUUGGAUUGGUUUAAUGUCAGCAGGCCGUUGUCAAUUGCGGGAUUACGUGGGAAAGUCGUGCUAUUGGACUUUUUCACCUAUUGCUGUAUUAACUGCAUGCAUGUAUUGCCAGAGCUGCGAGCUCUGGAAGAAAGAUACCCUGUCGAGGAUGGCUUAGUUGUUGUGGGAGUGCACAGUCCCAAAUUCGAGAACGAACGCACUGCGGCAAAUAUUCUAUCUGCGGCACAGCGCUACGGAAUAAAGCAUCCAAUAGUAAACGAUUCAAAAUCCGCUUUAUGGCGCGCUCUCAGUAUACGAUGCUGGCCAUCAUUAUUUGUACUAAGUCCGGACGGACACCCAAUGUUACUGUUGAUGGGUGAAGGACACGGCGAGUUUCUACAUGACUUUGUGGGCGCCGCUCUUUUCUACUUUAAUCGCCAGAAAAAGAUUGAGAACGUAAGUUUGCCACUGCAACUUUCAACAGAUUUGCAUCCAGCAUCCAAUCUGCGUUUCCCAGCGAAAAUUUCAAGAUUGUUGAACCGUUAUGCUAUCGCUGAUGCGGGUAACAAUCGUGUGCUCAUCGUGACCGAGACAGGAGUCGUCGAGUAUAAGAUUGGAGGUCUUGAAGCCGGUUUUGUUGAUGGCAACUUAAUGUCGGCACGAUUUAAUAAUCCCCAGGGAGUUACGUUUCUUGAUGAAGAUACGGUCAUUGUUGCCGAUACGGAUAAUCAUGCUCUGCGUCAAAUAUCCCUACAGAAAGGAAUCGUUGAGACCCUGGCAGGAACUGGCCAACAGGGCAACGAGCGAACAGGCGGCAAAUUGGGACAGUUACAGUCAAUAUCAUCGCCCUGGGAUGUGGCUGUUUUUCGUGCUCGUGACAUGGAUAUGUCGUUUCACGUGGACGAGCUUAACGUGCCCGAAAAAACAAUUAUCCUGAUUGCCAUGGCAGGAACACAUCAGAUUUGGGGAUAUUUCCCCGAGGGCAUUAUUUGGUGGAAGUUUAAGAAGUUUGAGCCACGCUGUUGUGUGUCCUUGAUUGGCAACGGGCUCGAAGAGAAUCGUAAUAAUUCCUAUCCACAAAAUGCGGCCUUUGCACAGCCAUCGGGCUUAGCCAUGUCCAAGGACUUUCUUUUCAUAGCAGACAGCGAGAGCUCCAGCAUACGCAAAGCGUCUUUGGUCGACGGGAAAGUGAUGCCAGUCGUUGGAGGAGAUCGCAAUCCACAGAACUUAUUUGCAUUUGGAGACGAGGAUGGUAAACUGUACAACGCAAAGCUUCAACAUCCAUUGGGUGUUGCCUAUAAUCAUAUCGAUCAUAAGGUUUAUGUGGCUGACACAUAUAAUCACAAAAUCAAAGUAAUUGAUACCGAGACCAAUAUCAUUACAACUUUGGUUAUCAGGAACGAAGAUAACAACGUGCUGACUUUUCGAGAGCCCUCUGGUCUUUGCAUUGAUGCGAGUGGAAAGAACUUGUUGGUUGCUGAUACAAAUAAUCAUACGAUCUAUAUAAUUGAUUUGUCAACAAGUACGGCUCGUCGUUUCCUUUUGGACUUUAAUCAAUUAUCUUCCACCAGUGAAACGGAUGCACCUCCUAGUUCGUCAAAAGGAAGCGGUCUUCAGUUGAUCAAAUGUAUUCCCUUGCUGCAGCAUCAGAGUAGCUCUAUAGAAUUUUCCAUCAAACUUUCGCCAGAUCUAAAGUAUACCACAGAUGCCCCACAGAAAUGGACGAUUAAACGCAUUUGCCCGGCUUUAGAAAUUAAGCAAACAAAUGGAGUUUUAACAGACGGAAAAUGCACUUUGCAGAUUAAGCAUUUAAAAAGUAUAGAAUCCAGAAUAAAUGAUGUUCUAGCGAUCGAAUUCUCGCUAAGUCUAUGCGACGCACAAAGUUGCCUUAUUAAGAGGUUUGCUGUAUAUAUCGACAGUGAAAGUCCCGGAGAGAAUAUAUCACUGGAGCCAUUAAAUACAGAAGUUGGAGUUUAUGUUAACCACUCUAAUAUCAGUUUGUGAUAACGAACACUGUUUUUUAUACGAAAUAUUUACGUGCCAGCGAUAAUAUCUAUAUUAUCUUGGCGAAUGUGCAUUAUUUUCAAUUUAUUCAUUGAUUGUCAUCAAUAUAAAAAUGAACUAA